AUGGCGGACUUUGAAUCGAAUGAAUCGACCUCCUCGCUCUGUGACGCAUCUGCCAAAUCUUCGAUCACUUCGACUUCUGAUGCUUCGUCUUCUAUUCAAGAUGGCUCCAAAUCGUCCGGCUCUUCCGCAAGUUCCAUCGAUUCGAGCGUCUCCAAUCUCACCGACAGCUCGCCGACGGACGCCGUCUCGCAGCUCAUCCCACCGUACAUUCGCGAUAUUUGCAAAGAGCCGAAAAUGGCCGAGUUGAGAGUCGCCUACGACGCUCCGACCUUCCAGUGAGUGGGAAAGUUGAAGGGAAUCGACAGAUGUGCUUACUUUUAGAACGACUUAUACUUACUCAAUCAUCUGGGAGGGCGACAUCACUACAGGCGAGCAAGCCAAGAAUUCGGUCCAGUUGAAGAAGGCCUCUUCUCGGAUCUCGACCAGUUCGGUCCGCUCUUCGCGUGGACCCACUCCCGUCUACACGUACUGCGACGGUCCGUGCAAGAAAGUCUUCCUGUCGAGUCUUCUAAACACCAUCGGAAGGUAAAACAAAAAUCUCUUCUCGCUUUGAUUUCAAGUAUUUUUUCUUCAGAUGCGACCAUUACCUGUGCAACGCGUGCUACGGAAUCGUGAUCAACUCGGACGGAACCCCCGGAUGCAGUGCCUUCGGCUGCUUCUCGAAGGGCGGAAGCCGUAGAGAGGCGAAAAAGAAACACGAGAAGGAGGUGUGCCGGAAGCAAAGAGUGCGUGCCCGGGACAUGAAGGCUCGCGGGAUUGACGUGAAGUCGGCCUCCUCGGCCACUUCGCUGAACUCGCUGAGCAACACUUCCGAGGACUCAAACAACAAUUCGGAUGUCUCUUCGGAGACGUCCUGCUCGUUCGAAUCUGCUACCCGACCCGAGAAAGCCCGCUUCAAGCUGGUGUAUCCGUCGGCGCACGAGAUGAUCGGAGUGAGACUUGUCAUUGUGGAGCCCGCCGAUUUCGGAAUUCAACAGUGAGCAGACAGCCUUGAGCACGCAGUCAGAAAAGAGUGUUUUACAGUCUUUUCGCCGAAAUGGAGACUCAGACAAUGACGAAAGUGAAGCACGCGGUGGGGGCUCUUCUGGCUCACAAGAAGCGGUCCGAUUACAUCGAGAAGGGCCGACUGUACUACGCGGAACUGCAGCCAAACUACUCGCGCAAGCUCCGCCGAGUCAAAUCGAGCGAACUCGAGAACUCUCCGCUAUUUCAUUUCCCGCAAAUGUGAGCGGGAACCGAAAGAAUACGAGUGCUAAUUGAAUCAUUUUCAGCGCGGAGCACAUUGUGUUCGUGAUGGACAUGGGCGGUUUCGUGAGAAUGGGAGCCAAGAUCAGCUUCGGAUAA